UCCUCCUCCUCCUCCAUGAAGAAAGAAACAGCAGGCUUCCCUCGGUCCAAGAAAGUCUCGUGAUAGACUGUGGCGCUGCGUGCGUGUGACGCAAUCUUGUGGAAGUAGGCAAGCAGAGAAGCCUGAGCGGGCAGCAGACUCGAGAAGGAGAAGGAGGCGGAGGAAGCAAGCAAGCAAGCAAGGAUGGCGGAGUCACACCUCUGAUGAGGCUCACACGUUCAGUGGAGGAGCAUAACUGAAUUCAGGCGCUGUGGUGGAGCAUCCAAAUCACAACAAUGAGAAAACAACUGGUGAUCUUUGAUAUCUGAACUUGCUUCACCUGGAGAGGGGAUCACGUGCAGUUCAAACAGAUAUGUGGCAGACGGGUGCCACCCCAGACAAGCUGCUUCUACAAAUGUACUUUCCCAGGGAGUUUUAAAAAACCGUGGAUUACAGAGCCGUUGCUUUUUUAUAUUUUUAUAUAUCUAUAUCUAUAUCUAUAUAUAUAUCUAUCUAUAUAUAUAUAUAUAUAUAUAAUAUAUAUAUAUAUAGAUAUAGAUAUAGAUAUAGAUAUAUAAAAAGCUCCCUUUUUUUCUCCAACUUGUUUUUAAAUCCUAGAGUUAAUGAGCUACUGGGUGAAUCUGGUGUCACUAUGAGUAGUACAUUAGGCAAAGACUCGAAAGAAAAGGACCCCAAAGGUCCUUCGGGAAAGGAAAGGGAAAAGGAGGCCAAAGCCUUGGGCAGCUUCAAUAAAGAUGGCAAGGAAACCAAGACCAAAGGGAAAGAUGCCAAAGAAGGAAAGAAGGACUCUAGUGGGGCGCCACCUGGGGUGGCCUUUUCUGUUGAUAACACAAUAAAACGGCCAAACCCAGCACCAGGUACCCGCAAAAAAUCCAGCAAUGCUGAGGUGAUCAAAGAGCUGAAUAAGUGCAGGGAGGAGACCUCCACGCGGCUGGACUUGUCCAAGAGGUCUAUACACAUGCUCCCUACGUCAAUCAAGGAGCUGACGCAGCUGACGGAACUGUACCUGUACAGCAACAAGCUGCAGAGCCUGCCCGCUGAAGUAGGCUGCCUGGCAGGCUUAGUGACGUUAGCCCUGAGUGAGAACUCUCUCACCAGCUUGCCCGACUCGCUGGACAGCUUGAAGAAACUGAGAAUGCUGGAUCUCCGGCAUAACAAACUGCGAGAGAUCCCGCUGGUGGUGUACCGGCUUCCUUCCCUCACCACCCUCUACCUGCGCUUUAACCGCAUCACUACUGUGGAGAAGGAUAUCAAAAACCUGUCGAAACUCACCAUGCUGAGCAUCCGUGAGAACAAGAUUAAACAACUCCCUGCUGAAAUAGGGGAAUUGUGUAACCUCAUUACGCUGGAUGUAGCGCACAAUCAGCUUGAACACCUUCCGAAAGAGAUUGGAAAUUGCACACAGAUAACUAAUCUUGAUUUGCAGCACAAUGAGCUUCUGGACCUCCCUGAAACUAUAGGUAACUUGUCAAGUCUAAAUCGCUUGGGUCUGCGGUACAACAGGCUGUCGGCUGUCCCUAAAUCAUUAGCUAAGUGCAGAGAAUUGGAAGAGCUAAACCUUGAGAACAACAAUAUCUCUCUGUUACCAGAGGGUCUCCUGUCUAGCCUGGUUAAUUUGACCAGUUUAACACUGGCCAGAAACUGCUUCCAGUCCUAUCCUGUAGGCGGUCCGUCACAGUUUUCUACUAUAUAUUCCCUCAACAUGGAGCACAACCGCAUCAACAAAAUCCCCUUUGGCAUCUUCUCUAGAGCCAAAGUGUUAAGUAAGCUGAACAUGAAGGACAAUCAGCUAACCUCUCUGCCACUUGAUUUUGGGACCUGGACCAGUAUGGUUGAGCUUAACCUGGCCACAAACCAGCUGACUAAGAUUCCUGAGGAUGUGUGCGGUCUUGUCUCACUUGAGGUUCUUAUCCUGUCAAACAAUCUCCUACGGAAACUGCCUCAUGGUGUAGGUAACCUACGGAAAUUACGAGAGUUAGACUUAGAGGAAAAUAAGUUGGAAACUCUUCCAAAUGAAAUUGCUUACCUGAAAGAUUUACAGAAACUGGUCUUGACUAAUAAUCAGCUGACAACCCUCCCCAGGGGGAUUGGACAUCUCAUCAACCUGACUCACCUGGGACUGGGAGAGAACCUUAUACAACACCUCCCGGAGGAGAUCGGUACACUGGAGAAUCUCGAGGAGCUCUAUUUGAAUGAUAACCCCAAUCUCCACAGCCUUCCCUUUGAGCUGGCUCUGUGCAGCAAGCUGUCAAUCAUGAGCAUUGAAAACUGUCCCCUCAGCCACCUCCCGCCACAGAUUGUCGCUGGUGGCCCCUCCUUCAUCAUUCAGUUUUUAAAGAUGAAGGGCCCUUACCGUGCCAUGGUCUGAAACGCAGUCCUAUGUGUCAUACACUGUACAAACUAUAAAGAAAUUGCAUUAUUAUUGUCAUGAGUAUAUUUCUGAAGAGAGGAAUUUUGCUCAGACUGAUUUACGUGUUUCUGCUAUAGAGGAAUCAUAGCCAUUUAGAUUUUUUUUUUUUUUUAAAUCAUGUAAAAAAAGAACAUAGAUGUAAUUGCUUGUCUAGGCCUUGCCAGAUUUGGUGGAUGAUGUAUAUUAAAUUUAGCAAAUGUUGAA